AUGGGUGUCACCAACAAGCGUACGCUAUCCAAGACCCGUCGCAAGACGAGGGACCUCGAUCAGAUCAAAGCCGACCUCCUCUCGCCGAAGCAUCUUGCCCAAUUCAAGAACUUAAAGGCGCCAGAAGACCUACCUGCUCUAGGCAAAUGGUACUGCACCGAGUGCGCCAAGUGGUACGAUACUGAGGACAACCUCGUCGUACACAGAAAAGGAAAGCCUCACAAGAGAAGAGUCAAGCAGCUUCGCGAGGAGCCAUAUACUCAGAAGGAGGCCGAGGCUGCUAUUGGUCUCAGAACCGACAAUCAAAGCCCCUACCGAACCGAUAGCGGCGCCGAUAACGAGAUUACCAUGUCGACAUGA